UAAGGACUUUGUGUACUGGAACAAUAUUCAAUACACGGAAACCAGUGCUAAAAACCAUAUUAACAUACAAGAAACUAUCAGAAAACUAUCAGAAGAUUUAGUAUUAAAACAUCAACAGUUGUUAUCAUUAAGCUCAUUUGAUUCAGGACCUGGAAGUAUAUUUUUGCAACAUACACGUCAGCAGACCCAAGGUUACUGCUGUGGAUAUUUAGAAUUUUAAAUAGUUUUUGUGAUUCUCAAUUUAUAAUAAGUUACUUAAUAAUUUGGUAUGUUUAAGUUCAGUGGAGCACUUCAGCUUACAGAUCUCAAUGAUUUUAUCACUCCAUCUCAAGUCUGUAUUAAACCUGUAGAGAUAGAAAAGGUGAAGAAAAAAGGUGAUACAACUAUAAAGAUUGAAGGAGAUAGCUAUUACCAGGUUGAUGUAAACAGCGGAGAGCAAGUUCGCUUGAAAAAAGCAAACAUAACAUUAAAUGAUUGUUUAGCAUGCAGUGGAUGUAUUACAUCUGCAGAGAGUGUACUUAUUGCUGAGCAAAGCUGUCUUCAAUUAGAAAAAGUUCUUGCAGACAAUUUAUCUUUGGCAAAUAAGAAAAUUGUUGUGAUUUCCAUGUCUCCACAAUCUUUAGUUUCUAUUGCAGUUAAAUUCCAUGUCACUGUAUCAGAUGCCUAUUCAAAAAUAACUACAUUUUUCAAAGAUAUAGGUUGUGACUAUAUAUACGAUACAAAUCUUGCUCGAAGUAUAUCUUUAUUGGAAAUGCAGAAAGAGUUUGUAGAAAAGUUUAAAAAUGAUAAAAAAAUCAUGCUAACUUCAGCAUGUCCUGGCUGGAUAUGUUACGCUGAAAAGACACAUGGAGAGCUCUUAAUUCCUUAUAUUAGUCAAACAAAAUCUCCUCAACAAAUCAUGGGUAGCAUUGUAAAGCAACUAUUAGGUAAGAAGUUAAAUAAAACUCCUAAUGAAAUUUAUCAUGUUACAAUAAUGCCUUGCUACGAUAAAAAACUUGAAGCUUCGCGUACAGACUUUUAUAAUGAUAUAUAUAAUACGAGAGAUGUUGACCUUGUUAUUACUUCCUCAGAAGUUGAAAAUAUGCUACAAACAAAAAAUAUUGAUUUUUGUGGUCUUUCUUUAUCAUUGAUUGAUGAAGAUUACAGCUUUGUUGAUGAACAAUAUCAAUUGUUGAGUCAUCGUGGCGGCGGCUCUGGUGGAUAUCUGGAACAUGUUUUCUUGCAUGCUUCACAUUCUUUAUUCAAUGUUAUUCCUGACCAAAUUAUUUAUAAACCACUUCGAAAUAAAGAUUUUCAAGAAGUUAUCCUUGAGAUAGAUGGUGAAGUCAAGUUGAGAUUUGCUUUUGCUUAUGGUUUUAGAAACAUUCAGUCAAUUGUUCAAAAAAUAAAACAAAAAAAAUGCAAUUAUGAUUUUGUAGAGAUUAUGGCUUGUCCUUUGGGCUGCUUAAAUGGUGGUGGGCAAGUUCGUGCUGAAACUGUAGAUGAUGCUAAAUCGCUUAUUCAAUUAGUGACUUCAACUUAUGAUUUACUAAAACCUGUAAACCCUUUGCAUGAUAGAAAAACAAAAGAAUUGUAUAAUCAGCUUUCACAAAGUGAUUUGCAUACACAAUAUCAUGCAGUCAAAAAAAUGAAAACAGCAUUAAACAUUCAGUGGUGAUUACUUGUAUCAAAUUAGUUUUAAAUUCUUUGUUACUUCAUGUUUGUGUGUCUAUGCUAAAUAUUUUCUUGAUUGUGCUGUUAUUAAGGUGGAAAAUAAUUAGUAUAA